AUGUACCUUCUACCCGGCUGGAUUUCUGGCACUUUGGAUAACUUCUUUGCCAUCUCAUUUUACACCUACCUUCUAUUCUUCUGGAUUUCCAUUUUUGAUGCCCUUCGUAGUGCCGAUACGUCCUGUGUCUGUUUCUACCUCCCACGCCUUCUCUUAACCACUGCGAUAUGGCUUCUCUUCGUUGUUUCCAACGGCUGGAUUCUCCAUUCAGAAUACACAGAUCCACUUUUCGACUUCAUUCAACAUGGCGUCGUUCUUAAGGUCUUCUUUGCACUUCUCGGAGUUCUGAUGUUUUUGUAUCUCCUGUAUUUCUUUGUUCAACUCUUCCGAUCCUACUCAGAAUUGAAGACAAUGCCGUACUAUGUUUUACGUCUGACUUUUCUGCUCAUUCCAAUGCUCUUCUCUGCGGUUAACUUCCUGAUCAUUCUGGCACUUCGCUUCAGUCCAACUGGAUCCGUUUUCUUCCUUCGAGCACCCACAUAUAUGCUGGUAAACCCCAAUAGCACUUCGGAACACCAACGUCCUUUUACGCCAAGCUAUGCAGCUUUUCCAGCGUUCCGAUCUGCGAUAGAACUGGGUCUUAGUUUUGGAAUCGCUUUUAGCUUCUGUCUUCUAAUGACUAAGGCGUACUUACCGCCAAAAACGUCCCUUGCAGAGGUUAACCUCAAAGAUGAUCCCUCGAUUUCUCUCGCUUGCGAUUCCGAUGAAGACGUGAUGUUCGGUUCCGAUCGUGAUGAUAUUCAACUGCGUAGAACUGCUCGCAAUCGUUGA